CCUGGACACAUCUUACCUGUUGAUCGUCAUAGCUCAUUAGGCUCAUCUUUAUCACUUCCACCUGCCGUCGUAUACCGCCACCUUGGAAUGCAAGUAACUAUAUCUUUUGUGCAAUAAAUGGGAGCUAACCCGAAUAAACUUUAUCGUCUGGACAGUAUUUCAUUGAAGCGCGUCAUAACCAGGAUCCCCCGUACCCAGAGCGACUAAUAAAGGAUAGGACAAGAUAGUCGCUACACAAAGUAAAAAACCUUGGCCUCAGGAAUUCAUCGGCUGAAGAAAAGUACAAGCUUGAUUCUAGGAGUUCGUCGGACGAAGUACAAAGUAAAGACCGGACUUCAGGAAGGAUAAAGAAAAGACCGGACCUCGAAAGUUCAUCGGACGAAGGAAUAAAGUAAAGGCCUGACUUCAGGAAUUCAUCGGAUGGAGGAGUAAAAGGAAACCCUCUUUUGGAUAACAUCGGAAGCCACCUGUUGGGAAAGACACACCUCGUUUGGAAAAGCUCGACGAACAACGGCGAGGCCUGACUACCUGCUUCAUGGAAUUACAAUCGUUCAUCUAUACAUCGUCUUCCUCGCACGUAAGGUCACGGAUGAAUUAAUCCGAAACAUCAUUAAUCAUGGGACAUCUCCGGUGAGUGCAGGUCAUUUUACUUAAUACACCGCUAUGGAUUGGUUUGAUGUGGAGCGGCUUCGUGCCUCAUUUGGAGUUGAUUGUUCAACAACAGCCCCAACACAAGAGAUGAAGGAGGAAUGUGGGAGUUUCAUGGCGGCCCUGUCUGUGAACGUGGUGACAGUCAACAUGUUACUGAGUGUCUUCUUCCUUUCACGUGUUUUUGCUGGUUGUGAUGAGAACAGAGUUGGUUUCUUCAUCACUGUACCAAAGCAGAUGGAAGCACUGAGUGGAUCUUGUUUGCAAAUCCCAUGUAGCUUUAGAGAUAAAUCAGGAGAAAAGAAUGAAAGAAAAAUGUUUGAUGGCAGCAGAGAAACCUUUGGGGUGUGGAUUAAAAGGGACCCAGAAUAUGGAAAAAAUCAAUUUAAUAUUAUUUUUAACAGCAGUAAGUCAGAAAAUCCAUAUAGGAUGAAAAUAAUUGGAAACCUGAGUCAGAAAAACUGCACCACUUUGUUAUAUGAUUUAAACUCAAGUCAGUCAGACAGAUACUUCUUCAGGAUUGAGAACGAACCGUUCAAGGCAACAGCUCGCUGUGAUCCUGUUAAAAUAACAGUUAAAGAUUCUCCUCAGAGACCCAGAAUAGAAAUCUCAGGUGAUGUGAAGGACCUGAAGGAGAAGGAGUCUGUCACUAUAACCUGCUCAGCUUUCACUCCCUGUCCACACUCCCCUCCUGAACUCACCUGGAAUCUCCAACAAGACUCUCACAGACAAACAGAGGAAAACACAGAUGGAACCUUUACAACUAAAAUUCAGCAGAACAUCACUCUGUCACACACACAUGAUGGAUACACCAUCACAUGUUCUGCCAGAUAUCCUGUGGAUGGAGGAAAACGUGUGAAGACAUCAGAGACAGAAGAGACUCUCAGUGUUUCAUAUGCUCCUAAAGACACCUCAGCAUCCAUCAGUUCAUCAGGUUUGGUGUCAGCAGGUAGCUGGGUGAAGCUGAGCUGCUCCAGCAGAGCCAAGCCUCCCGUCAGCAGCUUCACCUGGUUCAAGAUCAGCACAGAGGGACCCGUUAAUGUGUCUGAGGGACCGGUUCACAGCUUCAAUGCAACGGAUGGAGGAGUUUAUUACUGUGUGGCUGCAAAUAAACUGGGAAAGCAGAAGUCCCAAGAAAUCCGUCUUAAUAUUAAAGACAUUCAGGAGUUUGGGGCUGUUGUCUACGUUACAGUGAAGAUCCUGCUAAUUGUAAUGCUCUACAGUACAACCGCCAUCUUUGAAUGCUGGAUUAGAUCAAGAUUCUCCAACAAACCAGAGAAGAAUGUAGAAGAAGCAGAUUAUGUCAGCAGGGUGAUCCACAUUCAAGCUUCAUGAGCCACAAAGAAGACGAG